CGUAUUGUUGUUUAUGGUUUGUGUUUGUUGCGUGUCUUUUCCUUUUUGCAGGUCUUGGAUGUGCGUUUCGAUGUUGUGAUUUGUUGCGUUGUUUUUGUAAUGAUGUGCCAAAGAAUUGACCACUCUCAGUGCGGAUUUCAGUGCGGGUCCCACUCGGAAUCAGGCCUUGGGCACUUAAUGUGAUGAUUUGAAAUCUGUGAUGUGAUCAAGUGCAGUGUGACGUUGUGCAAUGUGGUGAAGUGGAAUGUGCUGCAGUACAAGCGGUGAAAUGCCAGUGAGUUGUCAUGCAAUGAAGUGUAAGUCCAGGACUGGGAAAACGCUCUUUCGAGUUGAUCCAUUGCACUGCUGACCAUUGAUUGCAAACUAUAGCUGUGUUUGUGGGCACCUCCAAUACUGAUCCUUGGAAUCAGCCGCUGUGCCCCUUGGAACUCGGAGAUUCCUUGGUUUCGCCGCUGUCCCCAGCGAUGCGCUCAUGGCUCGUGGCCGGACCACACCUUUGCGACCGCACAUGUCCCUGGUCAUGCACACACACAUAUGAGCUGCAACGGAACUUGGAACUUGGACAUGCUUGGACCACAUAUGCUCUCUCAGUCCGACGAACACCCGCAGUACUCUGUGGAACACGCAUCCACCCCAAGGUCUUUGCUUUUGAUCACCGCAACACUGGCCGUUCCACCAUCAAGGAUGAGCCAUGUACCAUGGAGGAUUAUGCGGAUGAUGCAGCAGCACUGCUGGAGGCUGUCUUUCCUGACAGGCUCCCCAUCUUCGUCAUGGGCGUGUCCUUUGGCGCGAUGGUGGCACAACACAUGGCUCUCAGGCACCCCAAGCUCAUCAAGCGCUUGGUCUUGUGCUGCGGGCCCAGCGGCGGCCCGGGCGGCUCAGCCUAUCCCAUCCAGGAGUGGUAUGAGCCCUCGUUCUCCAUGGAGGAACGGGUGUUGCGAAGGAUGGCCCAGGCCAAUAGCUCCCGGGAUGCUGCCUGGAAAGAAAGGUGCAAAAGUGAGUUCGAGAUGGUGCACACACUUUUGAUGCGGGAUGAAAAGGUGGGUUUGGAUGAGCCACUGCGACAACAGGGCAUCCAUCGACAGCUGGAAGCGCGACGAGGACAUGACACCUGGGCGCGGUUGCCAGAGCUGAAGAUGGAUACGCUUGUAUGUGGCAGUCCACAAGACGAUAUCACACCAGUGUCACUCUUGGAGAAGCUGGCUGACCGCAUUGGCUGCGAGAGAAAGCUCGAUUUCGAGGGGGGACAUGCCUUUGCAGCUGCAGAUGCCAAAUGCUUGCCCUUCAUCAAUGAGUGGCUGAGAAGGCCGGACCGCAUGGAGAAGAGCACGGAGACGUCCAAUGGCCACUCUGUAAUUUGGAAGGUGGUGGGAGGAGCAGACAAGGGCGGCAUUAUCGUGAGAAGCGGACCUGGAUUGUCGGAUGAGCUGGUCAAGGAGCGCCUCAGCACCGGCGCAUUGGUGGAAGAAGUGGAAAGUCGAGGUGACCGCAUUUGUUAUCGCUUGCAGCAAGGCUCUGGCCCUCGUGAGGGUUGGGUGACCGUGAAGCUCGCAGGUGGUAAGGAACUUUUGACAAAAAUAUAAAUUGAUUCUUCCAAUCAAA